AGAGGGCACACAGACGCACACACACACACACACACACACACACACAUACACACAGAUAUCCUCUCACACAUACACUCACAGCUGUUGAUUCUUCUCUCUCUGAUGAACACCGAGGAGCAGAGCCCACAGGAAUCUGGGAGAAAGCAAAUCUGCUGUCCACCGGCAGCUCCCUCCAAAAAGCAUCUUUAUGGGAAAUCUUGACGGACAAGUGGACUGACUAGUUUUCUGAACACCACCCGGCUUUCCCUGCAGCUCGUAUUCUACUAUUUCUCUCUCUCUCCCUCGUCAAUCCCGGCUUCUCUCAGUGUUGGAAUUUGAGCGCGAGCAGCAGAGAAAAAUAGAGACAUGUGUUUUGCCUCAGCUGCCUACUACUACUGCCUGUUGUCUCCCAUUCACUGACCAAGGAGGAAGUACAAGGUGAUAGUCAAACCGGCUGCUAUAGAGUGAUCGAGUGGGGUGAAGCAGGUAUGAGUGCGGACAGCCAUCAGGCGGUGGUGACGACCCCGCCCCUGCCAGGUGGAGGAACCAAGGAACGCUACUUUGACCGGGUAAACGUUAACGAUCCGGAGUACCUCAGGACCAGGAACAUGUCGCCUGACCUCCGCCAGGAUUUCAACGUCUUGGAACAAAAGAAGCGGGUUACACAAAUCCUACAGAGCCCAGCCUUCAAAGAGGAGUUGGAGAGUCUAAUCCAAGAGCAGCAGCGGAAGGGGAACAACCCCACCGGCCUGCUGGCGCUGCGACAGAUCGCUGACUUCUUCAUGGCCAGCUCAGUGGCCGGUUUCAGCACCUCCCCCCUCAGCUUGGGUAUGGUCACCCCCAUCAAUGACAUGUACGGAGUGGAAUCAUCCACAAUGGUGAAGGGCGAGAAGCUGACGCGCUGUAAAGUGGCUAGCCUCUACAGACUGGUGGACCUGUUCAGCUGGGCCCAUUUCGCCAACUCCUACAUCACAGGCCGUGUCAGUAAAGAACAAGACCACAUCCUCAUCAUACCUAGAGGACUGUCAUUUGCUGAGGCAUCUGCAUCAAACCUGGUGAAGGUCAACAUCAUCGGGGAUGUGAUCGAGCAGGGCUCCACCAACCUGCGGAUCGACCCUGCCGGAUUCAGCCCCCAUGCCGCCAUCUACUCCAUGCGUCCAGACAUCCGCUGUGUCAUACACGUGCACACUCCUGCCACAGCUGCUGUAUCAUCAAUGAAGUGCGGCAUCCUGCCAAUUUCCCAGGAGGCUUUGAUUUUGGGAGAUAUUGCCUACUACAACUACCAGGGCAGCCUGGACGACCAGGAGGAGCGCAUAGAACUCCAGAAGGCCCUGGGCCCGACUGCAAAGCUUCUGGUACUAAGGAAUCACGGUGUGGUUGCUCUUGGGGAGACCAUCGAAGAGGCCUUUCACUACAUCUACAAUGCCCAUUAUGCCUGCGAGAUCCAGGUGAAUGCCAUCUCAUGUGCUGGUGGUGUUGAUAACCUGAUAGUGCUGGACCAGGAGAAGUAUAAGUCACGGGUUCAUGACGUCGCAUCAGCGGCUGCUGUCAACAUGGGCAGUCCAUACAAGUGGAAGACUGGCGAGCUGGAGUUUGAAUCUGUGAUGAGGAUGCUUGAUAACCUGGGCUACAGGACAGGUUAUGCCUACAGGCACCCAAUCGUACGGGAGAAGCCGAGGCACAAGAGUGAUGUGGAGAUCCCCGCCACAGUCACAGCAUUCAUGUUCGAGGAGGACGGGGACAGCGCCGCCACACGGCUGCCCUUCAAGUUCCUGCAGCAGCGGCAGCAGAGGGAGAAGACACGCUGGCUGAACUCACCGAAUAGCUACACCAAGGUCAGCGUGGAGGGAGGAGAGGAGCGCUACAACCACCGGACGACCACGUGGAUGAAGGCAGAUGAGACGGGAACCCCGAUCCGCAUUGAGGACCCCAAUCAGUUUGUCCCCCUCAACACAAACCCCAAUGAGGUGCUGGAGAAGAGGAACAAGAUAAGAGAGCAGAACCGGUUUGAUGUGAUGACGUCAGGGCCGCGUUCUCAGCACCUUGCAGGCAUCCCUGUGGAUGAACCCCGACGGGAUAUGGUGCAGAUCAAAGUUCUGCCAUACGUGCCCACAGAGGAGGAGCAGAUGGCUCCCCUGCCUCCCAACCCUUUCAGUGAGCUGUCGGAGAAGGAGCUGGAGGAGUACCGUAAGAACAUAGAGAGAAGACAACUGGGCCUCAGCGAUGGCGAGCACGAGCUAACCUCUGAUGACGGCUCUACUCUCUCUCAGUCUCUGUCUCUCACCCAGUCCCCGCAAAGCACUCCAGCUAAAGAAGAGAACCACACGGGCCUGAUGAACGGUAAAGACAACCACGAUGUGGACGAGGACUUGUCCAAGCGCGUCAGCCAGCUGACGACCAGCGUGGAGAGUGUGGAGAUCACAGUGCGACCUGGUGAGAAAAUAGAGGAGGCACUGUCCCCCGAGAGCUCGCCCUCCAAGUCGCCCAACACCAAGAAGAAGAAAAAGUUCCGCACCCCAUCCUUCCUCAAGAAGAACAAAAAGAAAGAGAAGACGGAGGCCUGAGAGCAAACAUGCCAGCGAGGGGAGGCAAGCAGGAAGACCACCUGCUGAGGAGAAGAAAAGGGCGGCAGCAGUCACCUUUUCUGUUCAGUGUCUGUGUCUCAGUUUUCAAUGUCCUUCUGUUUUUAAUGUUAUUUGAUUUUUUUUUUUUUUUUUUUUUUUUUACACAAAAGAUUUUAUGUGCUAAAAGCAGAAGAAAAAAAGAAAAAUUUACAGAAAAAAAUGAAUUUGGUGUGUUACAAAAAGGUCUCCUGACAAGAGACGGGAAUGUUUUGAAAAUUUCGGGGUGGGUUCACUGUAUGUGGGUUCUCGAAUUUAAGCUGCAGUAGAUGCAAGGUGACGUGGGUAGUUUUGGGUGUCUACACACCUGAACUGACUUAUGCAGUACUCUCAGAGGGCUCGCUGUUAGCCGUAAAGUAUCAUUUGAGGCCAUUUAAAUCCUGAGUAACUGGUUCCUCCUGUGUUGUUUCCCAGCCUGUAAACAGACCUUGAAAACAACCACGAGUUUUAUGGGUUUUUUUGCUUAAAAAUCCAAUAUUUUGAAAUGACUGGAUUGCAUCGUGAGUCAUGUAAAGCUGCACAAAUAUAUAUUUUUCCCCUUUUGACACCUGUUUUCUACAGUUUUGUUUUUACGUUCUCAUCACCUGCCUGACGCUGCAUAGGGAACUGAGAAGCCACAAGAAAUUUAAGUCACACUGGAAAACUGUUUUCAGAAAAAUAGCCACAGGGUUUGUGUGAUUUAUUCACUGUGGGAGAAGUUUUCUGUCCAUCUCACUGUCUCACGCUCUUCAGGCUGUUGAGACAAAUAUGUCUUCGGCUGAUUGUGGUUAAACUACAGCAGCUCAGAUGAGUUCAAGGGUUACUAGACUGGACUGGAUAGUGAGGAGAGAAAAGCUGGCGCUCUGUCACGACUUCAUUGACAUUAUCUCAAAGAGCCGCUUAAUAUUUAUGUAGCAUUUUCAUAUCUUCUCCUCUUCAUCUCUUUCUUUUUUUUUUUGCCAAACAAAAUGGAAGAAAUGACAAAACAAUCUCAUUUUAGUGAAGCAUUGCUGUCUCUGUCUAGUUUGUCAUCUCAUCAAAUCAGAUUUUUUUUUUUUUAUUGAACUGAAAUUUGGUAUUCGUCCACUCUGUUUUGUACUCAAUUCCUAAGGUUUUCCAGAGAAUCCAGGUGUUAAGCAUGUCUCCUCUUUUUUGCAAGAACUGAAUUUAUAUGGCUGACUAUGUUCUGUAGUAAUGCCUGAUUGCUCAAAUUAUAUUCUAAUCCUCAGAGUACACAAAUUUACUAUAUAACACAGAUAUAUGAAAACUGGAUAUGUUGGCUAUAGAUUUUUUAACUAUAUAUUUUUAUUUUAUUGUGCUGCACUUUUCUUGUGGUAUAUAACACAUUUUAGUUGCAGGUGGUUUCACCAGUGAAGGAGAUUGUGAAGUAUUUGGUAAAAGUUGUGCACGUAGCAAGAAAAGCAUGGUGUUGGAAAAAAAAAAGGUCAGAGCAUAGAAAGUUAGUUGUAUGAAGAAGAAAAAGUCUUUCAUUGGUGCCACACAUGAGAAUAAUGUCUACUUCUCAACAAAAGUAAAAAAA